AUGUCUCAUAAAUCAACGACGCGCAUGCUCACACUGACUUCCCUUGUCAUUGCAGUCUUACAUAUUACUUACGGAGCAACAGAUUCAAGCAAUGACCAGCUUCCUUCUUUAAAAACAGAAAGCGAUAAAUCUCCCCUGUCCAUUGAGAUCGUUUCUAACAUGGGAAAACCCGGGGCUUUGCUGUAUGAUCUAGAAUCGGUGGCGACUAUCACGUUAAAAUACCAGCUCAACUGUACAUCUGUCGACGUUGUUCACACAAUUUUGGCCUCGACCUCAGACCAUCACGUCGCUGUCAUCACAGAUAAUUCUUCUUUUGACAUUUCCUGCAACCCUGCUCGCUCGGGGGACAAUAGUUUCAAUGAAACAGAUAAUUUUGAGACAUCAACUACAGACAGGAUUGAAGAAUGGAAUUCAUCAGUAGAAAAUUCUAGCAUUGUGAACUUACUUAGAGGGGAGGUAAGAAUGACAGUUAACGCUAAGUUGAUUGGAAGAUCGUUCCUAAUUUUACAUGCGCAGGAGAGGCAUUUAAACCUUAGUCAAACCGACGGAGAUCCUUCUUCUUCUCCUACAUUCCACUGGCUAUCCUUGACUGAAACGACUACCAAAUAUAGCUACCAAUUUGCAUCUGAAUUCGGACAGGAACUGCAAGAAUCACAGAACUCCAAUCAACUAUCCAGCAAUGAAGAAAUGCCGACGGUUGAAGUUACCAGAGUUAUGAUCAUUGUUAUGAAGCUCCCGCGGACGCUUGACAAGGUGUUCCGGAUAGUUCUGUACAACGUGAUUAUCAUGGCAACGAUCGGCAUGGGUGUGAAGAUCGACUUUGUGGUUAUCAGGAAAGUGCUGAAGAAUCCAGUUGCACCGGUUAUCGGACUUUGUUGUCAAUAUAUCUGUAUGCCAGUGAUAGCUUACGGAGUUGCUAGAGUCGUGCCCCAGGAGUCUGCCGCAGUCUCAUUGGGUAUCUUCACUUGUGGGAUCGUCCCCGGGGGCGGGAUGAGCAACAUGUUUACUUACCUAUUGGGUGGCGACCUGUCACUGUCGGCUACCAUGACAACAAUGAGUAAUAUAGCAGCAUUGGGUCUUCUCCCAGCCUGGCUGUUCACCCUGGGCAACACGUUCCAAGACGAGACCUCCAAGAUGCACGUGCCAUACGUGAACAUUCUAGAAGCGCUGGCGAUAUCUAUUCUGCCGCUGUUUCUGGGCAUGCUAAUUAAAUACAAGCUUCCCAAACUAGCAGUCAUCAUCAGCAAAGUCCUGAAGCCAGUUCUCAUCGUCGUGGUGACGUUCAGCAUCAGCCUGGGCAUCUACACCAACUUCUACAUCUUCAAGAUGAUCCGCCCGAUGACGCUGUUGGCCGGAUGUCUGUUGCCUUAUAUCGGCUACCUCAUUGGCGGCUUCGUUUCCUUCGUCUGCUUCCGCACCUGGACAGACAUCAAGACCAUUGCCAUAGAAACUGGCAUUCAGAAUACAGGCAUCGCCUUCCUCAUCCUCUUCUUGUCGCUACAACCCCCAGACAACCAGCUGGCAGCUGUGGCCCCAGCAGCCUCGGCCAUCAUGACUCCACAACCUCUCUUCAUCGCCGUUCUUCUCUACACCAUCUACCAGCGCUGCACUACUAGAAAACAGAAAACCGGAAAUGACGAAAUAAAAAUGGCUGAAGACGGAAACGGAAAUGCCGAAAAGAAAGAAAGCCAAGAUGGCGUCGAUGUUCCUGCUCAAGAGAAAGAGAAGGCGUUAAUUGUUGUUCUUUGGCGAAUAUUGACUGGUCGUGGAGUUGAGAUAGAUUCAGCAAAUGGGAAGAAGAAUAUAAAGGAGUUGGAUCUUAUGCUUCCACAGAACGAUAAGCACAUGAAGGUGUAG